AUGUAAUAAGAAGAGAAAAAGAAAGGGGACAGUGGGAAAAUGGAGACCAUAAAAAUUAUGAAUGGUUUCACCGAUAAGGAAUGGAAUCAUCUGGAUAGGAUAGAGAGAAUUGAGCUUACACUUGAAGAUUUUGGGAGAAUGAAUGUUGUUUAAGCAUUCAAAAAUUUGAAAUCUUUGACGCUUAUAAAUGUAGGGAUUACAGUAAUAGAAGGAUUGGAUGAAUUGACUAAGUUAGAGGAAUUAAAUUUGAAUGAGAAUUAAAUUACAAAAUUGAGUGGACUAAAAGGAAUCGUUAAUGUGAAAUCAAUAUAUAUUUCACAUAAUGCAAUCUAAAAAAUUGAGGGAUUGGAAAAUCUAACUAAAUUGGAGACGUUAUGGCUUUGUGAUAAUAAAAUUGAUGCAAUUCAAAAUUUAGAGAAUUUAGUUAACAUGAGAUAAUUAUGGUUAUCAGCCAAUCAAAUCAGUUACUUAAGAACAUCACUUGAUCGAUUAAAGAAUUUACAUGAUUUGAAUAUAAGUGGGAAUAAAAUAUGUAGUUUUAAAGAAGCAUUAAAUUUAAAUCGUUUACCUAACUUAAAGGUUUUAGCAUUUUACGAUCCUCAUUUUGGUGAUAAUCCUAUAUGCAAUCUCUGCAACUAUUAAACAUAUGUUCUUUAUCAUUUGAGAAACAUAUUCAAAUUAGAUACCUUGAUUAUUUCAGAAGAACAGAAAUCUUUUGCUGAAGGAACCUUCAUGAAAAAGAAAAUGUACUAUAAUAUGAGAAUUAAAACUAUGCAAAGGACAUUUUCAACUUUGUGUAAGUUAUUGAAAAAAGGCAAGAAAAUUAAAACUGAUUCUUUGUGUGAGGACAUCUCAAAUUUGAAUAUAAAAUUAGCAUAAGAAGCAGACAAAGAUAGAUAAUAAUUGCUAGAGAAUAAACAAGAGGAAUUUGAAAAUCAGAAUGAUAUUUACAACAGCAUAAAAAAGAAAGUCUAUGAAUAUUGUAAUUAAAGCAUACAUAAAUUAAUAACCGAAUUGGAAACAGGUGGAAAUAUAAGACUAGAAGAAGGUAAGGCGAGUGAGAAGUGGUAUGUUUCUUGUGUUGAUCUUAUCACUUCUAGAUUUUACUCUGAAAAUAUGGCUAAAUAUGGGAUUAAGGAUAUUUAAAUCAAGAGAGUGGUUAGAAUUCAUAAUAAAUUCAUUCGAAAUAAGUUUGAAGAGAAAAUGGAAUCUUUGGUUGAUGUAUCCAAUCAAAGCCAUAAAAAGUCAUUGGAGUAUCUCUUCUAUGGAGUAGAUCCUAACUUUUAAUCUGAAAUUUAUAAUGUGAUUGAGGAAGGGUUCAGAGGUUGUUAAGAAUCAAAAUCUAUUGGAUUAAGUGCAUACACACCAUUAGUAAAUAGUAUUUUAGCAGCCGACGCAUCAAGAAUCCAAUAUAUUUUAAAUGGAUAAGAGCAUAAUCAAAAAUUGAACAAGAGAUUUAUCAAAAGAAGAUUGUUUUAUCAGAAGUACAAUGUAAUUCCUCCAGGAGUUUUACUAAUUUGUAAAGUUCUUAUGAUUAAAUCUGUUCCAGAUUCAAAGUACCCUUAUUUCAAUCCUGAACAACCAUGGAGUGAGAUGUUUUAGAAAUAAUCGAUUGAUGGAAGAUAAUAUUAGGAUGAAUACACAGUUUAUAGAUAAAUGGAGAAUGAUCCAAAACAUAGAUUAUGGUUUGUGUUAGAUAACAAUUUAGUAUUACCUGAAUACUUUGUGGAAUUUGAAUAUGUGAUGUAAUCACCAUUACAAAAUAAAGUGGCUGACUUCGGUUCUGCAUUAGGUGUUCUAGAAUAAGAAGAUGAUGAUUUCAUCACUCCUGCUAACAGUAAUUUGUAGAAGGAAAACAUUAAUGAUUUGUAUAAUUAAUUGGCUGAUGAUUUAAAUACUUAUCAAUUCGAGAAUUUAGAAGAAUACCCUACUUACGAACUUAAAGCUUAGGAUUUGGAUCGAUCAGAGUGCGCCUCUCUAAAACCAGCUUUAAUAAAUUAUUUUAAAUAUUGUUUAAGUAGAUCCACAUUGUAUGAAUUGAAUCCAAAUUUAGUUGGAACACCUGAUUUAAAUGAAAUUCUUAAAAAUUAGACUUAAUUUUUAAACUUAAGUAAUUGUUGUGUGCAAGAUAUUGCAUUUAUAAAAGGAUAGUUUCACACACUAAUACUAAGUUAUAAUAAAAUAAGUACUAUUGCUGGUUUGAAUGAGUUACCUAAUUUGGUAAGACUAGAUUUAUCACAUAAUGAAAUAAGCAAUUUAAAUGGAUUGUAACACUUGAAUAGUCUGGAAGUCUUGGAUUUAACUCACAACAAUAUCUAAGAUAUUGAUCAGAUUGCUUUACUCAAAUACAAUUCGUCAUUAAAGUAUUUGUGUGUUGUCUUUAAUCCAAUUAAUGAGUACAAAGAAACAAGAAAAGAGAUCGUGAUGGUUUUGAAUAAUCUGCAAUUUUUGGAUCAUCUGCAAGUGACUGAUGAAGACAAAGAAAAAACUAAUAAUCAAAAGUAAUUAAUUACAACAGCCAUGCUUCAAACAUUUAGCAAGGUCUAAAUGGAUUGGAAAUAAAACAUUCAAUCAGUAAUGAUUACUCAUUAGAAAUUAAGUAGUAUGAAAGGAUUAGAAGGUUUGGUCUAAUUGAGACACUUGAAUUUGGGUCACAAUAAAAUUACCUAGAUUACUUCAAUCUAGGAUUCGGUGCUCUUGGAAGAAUUAAACUUAGAAAAGAAUUCUAUCAUACAAAUUUAAGAGUUAGAUAAUAUGCAAUAUUUAAAAAAGCUGGAAUUAGGAGGAAAUAGAAUAUCAAUAAUAGAAGGCAUUUCAAAUCUGAUUAACUUGAUGUAAUUGUCAUUGGAAGAUAAUGCAAUACUUCAUCUGAGGGAGUUUCCAGAUCUUAAAAGUCUAAUGGAAAUAUAUUUAGGAAACAAUAAUAUCACAAAUUAAAAGGAGAUUAACAAUAUCAAACAUCUUUAAAAACUAAUCAUUUUGGAUCUCUCUGGAAAUCCCUUUGCUAGAGACACUAAUUAUAGGGCUUAUGUUCUCUACAUCAUUCCUAAACUUAAGGUUUUAGACGGCAUUUCUAUUGAAGCUUCAGAAUAAUAGAUGGCAAAGAAUCUUUAUACUGGUAGAUUGACAGAGGAGAUACUGUACUCAAGGUUGUAAGGGUAAUCAGCUAAUAAAAUAACAGAACUGUGUUUACAAAACUGUGAACUCAGAGAUUUUGAGGAUGUAUUCAAUGUGCAAUAAUUUCCAUAAUUAGUUGAAUUGGAUUUGAGUCACAAUCUAUUUACUUCUACAAAAAUGCUUGGCUUCUUACCAUAAUUAAAAAUCUUAAUCUUAGCAUCUAAUAAAAUUGAUACUCUUCUUUAUCCGAAUGAUGUUAAUUAAAAAAAAGGAUUGAAUGGAUGUUAACAGUUAUAAAUUUUAGACAUCUCUUAAAAUUGUUUGAAGGAAUUCAAUGGACUAUAGUAUUGUUUGCUUAAAGAAUUAAAGAUUAUGAAAUGCGAAAAAAAUGAAAUUGUUAGGGUUGAUUUCUUAGAGAACUUGAAAUAGUUAAAGGAGUUAGAUUUAAAUUAAAAUAAAGUAAGACAAUUCGAUCCCCAAUCUUUUGCUGGAUGUAAUCCUAUUAGAUGUUUGAAAAUAGAUGGAAAUGGACUAAAGAAUUUUUAGAAUAUUUAAAAAUUAUAUAAAUUAUUGCAUUUAUUUGCUAAUUCAAAUAGAAUUAAUGAUCUACCAGACAUUGAGUAUUUAGUCCCAUUAACUUAACUUAAAGAAUUGGAAUUAGUUGGAAAUUCUUUAAGUAGAAGACCAGGCUAUAGAUAGAUGGUUCUUAGAAAAUUAGCAACAAUUUUGUAUCUUGAUGGCAGAGAAGUAACCCAAGAAGAAAGAGAGAGACUAGAGUUAGUUGAUCGACAAGCGGUGCUACCAACAAUGUAAAUUUAAUAACAGCCCAAUACAAAGGUACCUGUUAAAUUAAGUUCAAUCAAUUUUGAUGGAAUCUUUAGUAAAUGA